GAAAUUGAUGCAUGAUUUUGAAUCGGAUUUACAAUUAAAUAAGAAUAAAGAAUUAAAGAAAGAAUUAAUUUAUAAUGAAAGUUUAAACAAUUAUUUUGCCAAACGGGAAAACCUAACUAGUUGAUAUUCCCGUGACAGUUAGAGUGAGUUAUAAUGAAUGGGUUUAUUGUUUUGAAAUCCUGUGUCUGUCGCAUUUUCUCUUCUGACAGAUUUGUUUGAAAAAUGGCAGCGCAAAUUGCGAAUGGGAUUCCCACAUGACACUCGCAGAUUUUAACGAUGAUGUUUAAAUUGAAAAAAAAAUCAGAUAUCAUUGCACCAAUGCUUCCUGAUAAAUAAAACAGAUUACUUCGCUGUCUAAAUUAAAUAUGAGGCUAAAUUAUAAUUUCUCGAUUUAUAAUGAGCUAGAAACGCUUUUAAAUACGUUUUACGUGACAGCUAUUGUCUGACUAGAUUAAUUCUUUAUAACUAAUUUUUUUUUUAAUUUCAAUUCAGCAACGGUUGUUAAAUAGAUAUGGAAAUUGGAACUAGUACAAUUGCGAAAUUUCCAUUCUCUCUCAUCAUGUAUGUGGGUCAGUAGCGUGUUAUUCCCCCACUUAUUGCGAAUUUCAGUCUGAAAAGCGGACGAAAAACUCACUGCUUAGUCAUAACCGAACCACAAUUCAGUCUAGACAAUGAUUACAAAGGUUUAUCCAAUCACCAUUUGCAUUCUGAUAAUGAUUGCAGUGACGAGUGUCUCAGGAAAGCCAGACAGAUAUGCUGGGAAAACAGGGCUAUACAAGCCGACAGCAAGGGAGACAAGGCGAUCCUACAUCUACAACUGCUGCGGCAAUGACACCUGCUCAGGCCAAGGAACAUCAAUUACGAAUUUAAAGCCAAUAAAUGUGCAGCCGACGGGGCAAAAUCUUCACGCAAUCUCAUCAAACGGCUCAGCAGACGGACCUGGAGCUAAUGAGGGUGGAACUGAAAAUCAGCAGGAGGGCACAGAUCCACCAGGGCAGGAAAUUGGUACAGAAUCACCUGAUUUAAAUCAAAAUGACGAACCAAGUGCAUCAUUCACCGAAAGUUCCGACAAUCCUGAACCUGAUUCAGCAACCAUCAAAAUGGAAAAAACUCUGAAACCUCUAGCGGGAGCCCCUCAGCCUGAGCAACCCUUCAGGACACGACCUUAGCAACCUUUCAGGAAACGACCUUAUUGUUAGCAGCCCCUCAAUAACAAAAUCUUGCGUACGAAUCUCUUUGAUUCAAUUUUAUAUUAAAUAAA